GGAGUGGGAUGUAACCCACCAGUCCCCUCUUCUCUAUUCCUUGCCUUCACUUCUCUUAUACCCCUCACCUCUCCUACUACUUGGGAAAUGUAUUUAUUACCUCCCUACUCCCCUCACCCAUCUACUCAUCCGUUCCCUGAGCUGGCCUUGAUCUCACACUUGUCUAAUCUCUCGAUCCCUCAUCCCAAGCUGCCUGAGGCCCGAUCCUUUCCUUUAUCACCCAGGCUCAACCUUCAUUAUGAGCACCAUUUUGGAAACCUUCCCCGAAUACGCCGACACAGCCCUGCUCGAUCACUUGCGGGAGACCGAGUACAACUAUCUCGAUGAACAAGGGCAGACCUACCUGGAUUAUACCGGCUCCGGCCUCGCGGCCAAGUCGCAAUACAACGCCCACAAUGCGCGCCUGACCGAGCAUAUCUUUGGCAACCCACACUCAGUCAGUCCCACCAGCGAAAACUCGACGCGACUGGUCGAACAAGCGCGUUCCCACGUCCUCGCCUACCUCAAUGCCACCCCCGAUACAUAUACUGCCAUCUUUACCCAAAACGCCACCGGAGCCGCACGCCUGGUUGGUGAAGCCUACCCAUUCACCCGGCAGAAGACCUUUAUCCUGACGGAGGACAAUCAUAACUCGGUGAAUGGCAUUCGUGAGUUCGCGCGGGCUCGAAACGCACGCACAGUCUACGUGACCUCGCAGAGCCCGGAGCUACGAGUCAAUCCGGCCGUCCUGGCGGAGGCACUCGGAGGCCACUGGUGGGAAUGGGGAUUGGACAAGAUGGGCAUCGCCAAGGGAGGCCGUUCAGCGCGCGAGCGCGGGCUGUUUGCCUACCCAGCCCAGAGCAACCUUAGCGGGGUGCGCCAUCCUCUGGAAUGGGUCACCCUGGCCCAGGAAUGCGGCUAUGAUGUGCUGCUGGACGCCGCAGCCUACCUUCCCACCAACAGACUGGAUCUGUCAGACGGCAACCCACAACCAGACUUCGUCAUGGUCAGCUGGUACAAGCUCUUUGGAUACCCGACCGGACUGGGUUGCCUGAUCGCGCGCCGUGAUGCGCUCUCCCGCCUGUCUCGUCCCUGGUUUUCAGGAGGCAGCGUGCUGGCGGCGGGGGUGGUACAUCGGCAUCACACCCUGGCCGCCGAUGAGGUUGGAUUCGAGGAUGGCACCCUUAACUUUCUGUCAAUCCCAGAUGUUCAGGUCGGCCUCGAGUGGCUGGAGCGAAUUGACAUGACAAUGAUUGCCACCCGCGUGCGCUGCCUGACAGGCUGGUUCCUCCAGCGCCUGCUUGCCUUGCGACACAGCGACGGCGCGCCGAUGGCGGAAGUUUAUGGACCCACUGACCUCAAGCGCCGAGGCGGCACCGUCUGCUUCAACUUCCUCGAUUCCCAAGGCAAGAUUGUCGACGAGCGACUCGUGGCGCACGAAUCGGCGGCCGCCUCGUUCUCCUUGCGCACCGGGUGCUUCUGCAACCCGGGCGGCAUGGAGAACGCCUUUGGGUUGGAUGCCCGUCUGCUCCGGCGGAUGCGCCGCCGCUUGCGCAAGGUCACCACGAUCGACGGCUACAUUCAUGCCUACGGACUUCCGUCGGGGGGAGCGGUCCGAGUGUCGUUUGGGCUGGCUUCCAAUGUGGCUGAUGUCGAUCGAUUCUUCGAGUUUGCAAUCAGGACCUACCGGGAUCGUGUGACAGACAGCAAGGGGCUGUCUCCCCGUCUUGGCUGCUGAAUGCAGCAUUUGGGUUUUGCGAUAACGAGCUAGUCGAUGUGAUGUUGUAAGAAUUGGGUGUAAAUUUGUGUGAUCGUCGUCCUCGGGAUAUGGUUGAGGACCGCGGUCAAGAUCCCGGCUGAUGUGCAAUGUACAAUGAGUUAGUCAAUAUUAUAUUCCUAUACGCGUUUCAAGUCCAGGACCUACCUCAGUCGAU